AUGCCAUCUUAUUUAAUGAUGAUAAAAACUCUUCUAAAUGUAUUUUAUUUUCUAUUUAUUACAUUACUGUUUCAUCCACUGUUUAUCGCAUUCAGUAUCCCUGUUCUUCUAUUCAUUAUUAUAAGUCGUUUAUCAUCACAUGGUACUCGUCAUGUAGAAGAAGUUGAUCUUUUAUGGCUUAAGAGUUUGUCAUCAGUUGACAGCAUUCGUUUGGUUUGGUGUGAUCCAUGCCUAGAAACAGAAUAUGAAACUGAAAAGCUUUUACGUACGAUUGAUCCUGCUCUUGUACUUAUUACUGAUCCAUCAUUAUGUGACAUGAUGGUUAAGAAACUUCAUCAUGAUGAAUGUAAAUCGAUCUUUCUGGUUUUGUCUGGAUCUGUGGCCGACGAACUAUUAAUUCGUGUCACGCCCAAUGUGCAUACGAUUUUCAUCUUUUGUUUCGAUCAAACAAAAUAUUCAGAUCUAAAAAGUCGACCCAAAAUUGAUAUAAUCUCUGAUUCCCCUUCGAUAUUAAUUGAACGUAUUAAAUAUUGCUGGUCUUCCGUCGAACGUCUUUAUGUCACUGAACAUGAACAACAAUCACUACGAAAUCUGACGAAAGAAAGAGCCACAUUCAUAUGGUUUCAUGUACUGCGUAAUGUCAUUCGUCACUUUAAAAAAUCACCUCAAGCUAAAAGUGAUAUGAUGGAACGUUUUCAGGAGUACUAUCAAAGCAAUCCGAAGCAACUUGAAAGAUUGUUCGAUUUCGCUAAUACCUAUGAAUCCGACUACGCUCUAUGGUGGUAUACACAGCCUAGUUUCAUAUCAGAUAUUAUCAAUAAGACUCUUCGUGCUCGUGAUAUCGAUGCAUUGUUCAGUUUGCGAUAUUGUAUUGUGGAUCUAUGUCAAUUACUGGAAGAAUUACCACGUCCAACAGAACACUUGAUUGUCUAUCGUGGUGUUCUAAUGGAUCGAGAUAAAUUUGAAAAAAUGAAAGAAACAAUGGGAAAAGGUGAUCUUGUAUCGACACGUGGAUUCUUGUCAACGGCACGAAAUCGCAAAAUCGUCGAACAUUUUGGGUCAAAUGAUAAUCAUGAUCCGAAUAAAAUCGAGAUCAUAUAUGAAAUUGAUGUGCCUGUUGGUUUAGAACGUAUUAUAUGUGCUGAUAUUAAACCAUUUAGUCAAUUUGAAAAAGAAGAAGAAAUCCUGUUUGACCUUGAUUCUAGUUUUGAACUUAUCAAAAUCGUGAGAGAUCCAGAGAAAGAGGAUCGUUGGAUCAUUCAACUUCAGGCAAGUGAUAAAGAUGGUUUACAUGUUCUAUCGCGAGUCGAUCGUGGCAUAGCCAUGAAUCAUAUUGGCCAUGCAUGGCAUAAUAAGGGUGACUAUGACCGUGCACUUCAAUGGUUUAAUUCCGCAUUAGCCAUUCAACAGCAAGAACCCGAACUCACUUAUCAUAUGGCUAUGACAAUGAACAACAAAGGCGUAUUGCUCAUGAUGGCUGGCAAAUGGCAGCUAGCAUUUACUGCAUUUGAGCAUGCAGCAGAUAUUACCAGUCGAUUAAGUUUUUACGACGACUUAGCGAGUGCCUUCGGGAACAUGGGUGCGAUCAAGGAUCAAAUUGGAGAAUACGAGGAAGCACUUAACCUAUAUCGGCGAGCAGGUGAAGCUUUACAAGCGGCCGGCAUUCACAAGGAUCAUCCGAGUGUGGCAGAAAAUGAGAUGAAAAUUGCAUUUGUCUAUAUGAACCAGGCACGAUGGAACGAUGCACUUGAUACGCUGUACAAAGUGAGGGACAUCCGUGAACGUAUAUUGCCUGCUUCUCAUGCUGACAUGGGCCGAACAUGGUUUACCAUUGGUCUUGUGCUACGCAAUCAACAACGUUAUGACGACGCACUUGAACAUAUGAAGCGAGCACUGGCAAUCUAUGAACGUGCCUAUAGUUAUGAACAUCCAAAUAUUGCUAAUACAUACAACUCCAUGGCUAACUUGAAGGCCAUACAGGAUCAGUAUGCCGAAGCACUGCCUUUCUACGAACAGGCAAAAGAAAAAUUUCGACAAUUCUAUGGAACCAAUGAACAUCCCGACAUUGCUCGCGUACUCAACAACAUGGGCCAAGCACAUCGUCAUCUUGGUCAUUUAUCAGAAGCACUUGAUUAUUUCGGUAAAGCUUUACAUAUGAGAGAAGUCACACUAGGAGCCAAUCAUCCAGACACAGCCACAACAUUGGUCAAUUUAAGUUUAGCCUAUCGAGUGAUAGGUGAUUUAAAGAGUGCACUUGAAUACGCGCAACAUGGUCUGAACAUUCGACGAGAUAAAUUGCAACCAGAACAUGAAGAUCUCAUAGAAACAGAAAAUUUUGUUGUUCAACUUAAACAGGAGAUUCUUGCUCUUGAUCAGGAGCAAAAUGCAGAUAAUGCAAAGGACGGGGGCGCAUAA